AUGUCCAUUAAAAUUGGCGAUGGCUUUCGUUCAAGGUGGGAUGAUGGGAUAAUGGACCUCGUCUCGAAGAUGGAAUCGUUCAACAUGAACGACAGCUUACAACAGCAUGGUAACGCCUGGAACCACACCUACAAUAUGACGUCAGGAAUCGUGGCCAGUGACGUCGGUAACACGGAGUAUUCCAAUUCCCUGCCUGUGAUUGGUUCCAUAGAGCGAUAUUAUAUAUUGUUUAUUCUGAUUCUCGGUUUCCCUGGCAACCUCGCCAGCAUAGUGACCAUUCUCAAAAUGUCACGGUUGAAGUCAUCAACAUUUUACAUCGCAGCGUUGAGUGUCGUCGACAACGUUGCUCUCAUACUUAAAACAAUUUUCAUGGAGCUGCUACAUCACCCUAACGCCUUCUCAGUCGCGGGAUGCAGGUUCAUGUGUUUCUUUGGACUUGUGACAGCUGCCUUUUCAAACUGGAUUCUGGUUGCUGUGGCGACCGAGCGUUUUAUGGCAGUACGAUUUCCACUAAAGGUUGCAAGUAUCUGGACAUUAAGGCGAACGGUUUUCCUCGUGUGUGUAAUAUUUUCGUGUCUCUGUGUCUUACAUCUGCACAUAUUCUGGACAAUGGUAAACUCCGUCAACGGGUGUGACUACUCCGCCGACUACAGGGACUUCACCACGGAAUACUGGUACUGGAUCAGCGCAUCAGUAUAUGCAUUCAUUCCCUGCACCGUUCUCAUCAUGUUCAACUUCCUCAUCGUCUACAGCAUACAACAGUCCUCCAAAGUCCGUCGACAUUUAGCCAUGAACUCAGGUUCCUCAAAGAAAGCCCAGCGAUCAGGGUCUGGUAGUCAUGACAACCACAUCACUAUUAUGCUGGUCACCGUGACCAUCAUGUUCGUCAUACUGACCAUUCCUCGCUGCGUCGUCAUGCUCGUCAUUAAAGCUGGCCCCCCUCAAUCACCCCAGGAACAUGUGCAGCGACGUGUCCUCGACGUGCUUACAUCCAUGUUCGCCGAUUCCAACCACGCCGUUAACUUCUAUCUGUACUUCUUCGCUGGAAGACAGUUCCGUUAUCAGUUCCUCAAGACGAUGUUCGGUCACCGACGUGACAGCAACAACUCCAUCACCACGAACAGGUCGACGUUGGCGGCGAGGGAGGAAGAAAUGAUUGUGAUGACAAGAGAUAGAGACUGUCAUCCUAAUCACCUUUGAUAUCUACCAGUACCAGUCAAUAAAAAACUUGUAUUGUUGGUGUAUAUUAUGUCAAAAUAUGUGAGGGUCAGACUAUUUGUCAUCAAUCUUUCUUCCAUCCUUUCAGUUAGUAAAAAACUAUUCAAUGUCUUAGAUGUGAAAGGUACAGCUGACCACGACUGUGACCUAUCCUAAGAGGAACGACUGGUGUCUUUUGAAUAUGCAUGUCGUCAUGGUAACCGAGAGCGUACAAAUCUUUGUGAUGCAAUUGCAUUGCCGUGGAUAUAUCCUAGGAAUUCGAUAUCACUCAGCACGAUAUCACAUGUGGACGAUAUUUCUGGAUAAUUAUAUACAACAGUACUCUACGAGGACAGUGAUAACAUUUGUGGACCCGGAAAAAGCAAUAUU